CAAUAAUUCGGUUUAUUCUCCAAUUUCUUCCACGAAUUAUUGUGGAAGAAAUUUUACUAUUUAUUUUGAAAUUUAACAUCUAAAUUACUUGUGUGUAUUUGAAUUAAACAAAAUGGUGUUGACUGCGGACGUUCAUCUUCCUGAAGAGUCGGAAUUGACGGUUCCUGAGCUGCAAUUAUCAUCGCCAGCUCUGUUCGCUGGUUCUUUUCAUUUAGGAAAAUAUUGUGAACAAGCUAAUAAUGAGUUCAUGCUCUGUCGCUUGGAGGAGAAUGAUCCUCGCAAAUGUCUGAAUGAAGGCAAAGCAGUCACCGCUUGCACUAUGGACUUCUUCCGUAAAGUGAAGAAGUCUUGCCUGCAGGAGUUCAACCAGUAUGCUAACUGCAUUGACAAGAGUUCCGGAGACUUCUCCUUGAAGCAAUGCCGCACCACCCAGAAUGUGUUUGACAAGUGCGUGCUAGACAAGAUGAACAUUGAACGCCCAGGAUACGGUUACUUCUGCGAGGCCCGCGUCCAUGAUACUAAGAGGCCAAAGCCUCUGGAAGAACCGAAGGCAGUCUACCCAGACGCUACUCCCGCGCUACCAGAGAGUGUCGAGAAGAAACCAGCGAGAUUCGGCUCACGAUUCUACUGGAUGACCGAAUAAACGACAACAGUCGUGCAAUAAGACCAAAAGACUGUGGUUACGUGUCGAAAAAAAAAAUUGAAUAUUAAAUUGGCGGGAACUAUUUUCAUGAUGUGUAUAAGAAAAUCAACUUUAUUAUGGAGUAUAUAAAGCAUGUAUUUGUAUACGUAUUGAAGAACGCUUAUGUUUUUUAAAAUACGUUCCAUUUUCACGUUUUUCGCACACAACCUCAGUCUUGAAGUAAUGCAUUGGAUGAGUUUUGUAAUUCAACAUUUUUAUUCUUUACAAUGUAAUUAUGUAUUUAAUUUAUAAGCUAACAGUGUCAGGUCGAAAUCAUGUUAUAAAAUACAAAAACUUGUCUAGUGUUUUACUUUGUCAAACAAAUAGCUAUUAUUGAUUUGUAGAGUAAUAAAUGUUGGAAUUUA